CUCUCACCGGUCGGGCUCACGCAGUUCAUCUUUCUUCUAUCUCAUUCCAAGGAAAAAUCUCUUGAAAGAUUCGAAAACUCCAGAAGAAGAGCAUAGGCUAUUAACUCAACAGCUCGAUGUUCUGCUCAGCGUAUACACCAAGUUGCAUUUACCAUUUUCAUGCCAACAAGCCCGUUUGUCGGAAACCGAGGUUUCGGGUUUGUUCAUCUACUUCAAGCGAGAGUGACAGGUUCAAAGUAGAGUACACUCCGUGGCUUAUCGUAGGAUUGGGUAAUCCAGGAAACAAGUAUCAUGGAACAAGACACAAUGUUGGUUUCGAGAUGAUUGAUAAGUUAGCUAGAAAAGAAGGUGUUUUGAUGAACACAAUACAGUCCAAAGCUCUAAUCGGAAUAGGUGCUAUUGAAGAGGUACCUAUCUUGUUGGCUAAACCUCAGACUUAUAUGAACUUCAGCGGCGAAUCGGUUGGAUCUUUAGCUGCACAUUAUCAAGUUCCAUUGCGCCACAUUUUGUUGGUUUACGAUGAGAUGGCCUUACCAAAUGGGGUUUUGAGACUUCAACCAAAAGGAGGUCAAGGCUAUCACAACGGAGUAAAGAGUGUAAUGGGGAAUUUGGACGGUCGUAGAAACUUUCCUCGACUAAGCAUAGGCAUUGGUCAUCCACCAGGAAACAUGGAUAUGAAAGCUUUCCUUCUUCAGAAGUUUAGUACAUCGGAACGGAGACAGAUUGAUGAAUCACUCGAGCAAGGGAGUGAAGCUGUGAAGACUCUUGUCCUCAGUGGAUUCAGUGAAGGAAUCUCAAGGUUUAAUCUUGUGCAGAAGUAUAAAUUCCACAAAGUAUGAUUGAAAAAAUAAUAUAGAUACAGAUUGGUUUAGCAUUUUCAUUUUGUUGUGAAACAACAUACAAGUAGAUAUGAUUACAAUUCCAGCAAAUUAGUAUUUUACUAUUUUAUA